CGGAGAUGGAGAUGGGGGUGAAUUGAAAAUAGAGACGAUGUUGAAGAGGCUCGAGGUGAAGUCAUGUUGCUGGUGCCCGAAAGCUUAGUCAGCCGCCUAAGCCACAUCUUUCCGAAUCACGUGCAACCUAUACCCUCUGGUCAAACAGAUAUCAAUCACAUCUCACAUCUACCGCUAGCAAUUGUCAUACUGUAUAACUUUCAGAUUACAGGACCCUACAUGCAUCAUAGCAGAUCUUUACCAUUGUAUUAAGGGCAGAAAAGAGAACAAAGACGAUGAAAGACUCGGGACCUCGAGUCCUAAAUGUCCUACCUAUGCAGCCGCCGAAUGCAGCAAACCAUUAUGUCCCGUCACAUUAGAUUAUUUGCCAUACCACGUCCCGUGGCACUACAACGACAACAACCCGCCCAGAGUUUGCCCAUACGCCAGUUUGCAACCCCAUCACGCAACGGAUCCGGCUCAGAAUCUCCCUACUCAGACGAGGAAUACGCAGCUGCUCGGGAAUGGGCGUCGAAAUUCAAGCCGGGCUCAUUACCACGGGACCUGGCACAAACACGAUUUGACCGGUCAUCAGGUAAGGGCGGACAGCAUGUGAACAAAACAAAUUCAAAGGCCACAAGUGCGUGGCAGAUCAAGUCAAUAGCGCCCUAUGUGCCUGCUAUGGUGACCAAGGAACUGCGUGCGUCGCGGUAUUACUCUAGGAAUUCUGAUUGCCUCACCAUUGCCUCUCAGGAAGGUCGCGUGCAGCGCGAUAAUGAGGAUAAUUGCCAUGAGAAGCUCUAUGAGCAUAUCACGGAUAUCACUAAGCGUAUCAUCCCCGGUGAGACGUCGGCGGCUGCGAAGGCAAAGGCAGCAAGGCAAAAGAAAAUCGGAAAUGCCAUCCGUUUACAGUCCAAGAAGGAGCACAGUAUGAAGAAGCAAUCCAGGAGCAGCAAAGGGGGGGAUUAUUAGGACAGCAGGGUCGUCGCAAAUGAACGGCAUGCUGUCCACUGGGUUUAGUGAAAGGCCCGAAAGAACUAAUAGCCAACUGAUAAACUGGAUAUCAUAGUUGGAAGUGGGCCUUGGAGUCUGCCGUCGGGGGCAGAUUUACUGUAAGGGGAUCGAUCCAAGGCAAGGCAGUCGAUGAACGAACCAAAAUCUCAGGCGGAAUCAAAUGUAAAAUAAUAGCCACAAGUAUAAUAAUUAUAUAGAUACC